AUGACCGUAGCACAUACCGCCGUAGAGGAAACGCCACUGGAGCUAACCACAUCCUUACAUUCUACUGUUACUGCACAUACAGAUGUUUUACUGAAAACUGCCGUAACUCCAGUUUGGUCCGAAAAUCGAUCUAUCAUGACAAAUAUUCUACUUGACGAGGGAGCACAAAACUCAUUCAUAACUGAAGAUUUAGCUAGAAAACUAGAAAUUGAAUCCACCGAAAAGAUUGCACUGAAAAUAUCGGGAUUUGGAGGAAACGAAGGACAAGUUCAUCAUCUUGAUAAAGCAAACAUAGCUAUUGAAACAGUUGAUAAUCAAAGAAUAGAAAUAGAAGUAAUAAUUGUACCGAAAAUUGCCGCUCCUAUUCAGACAAAAUCACAAAAGGAAAUCAAAGCACUGCCAUACUUACGUGGUUUACGACUCGCACAUCCGAUAUGCGCAGAAGACAAGUUUAACAUAUCUUUAUUGAUUGGUGCAGACUAUUACUGGUCAAUAGUUGAAGACGAAAUAAUAAGAGGAAAUGGACCGACCGCAGUAAAGUCGAAAAUAGGUUAUCUCUUGUCGGGACCCGUACUAACUAAAAACGGAAGUAGUUCAAAACAAUCAGCAAUGUUGAAUAUUUUGACUGAUCACAGAGCCGUUGUUUGCGACUUGGAAAAGUUUUGGAACUUAGAAGCGUUGGGGGUUUCAGGAAGCGAUACCAUUAAAAGUCAGUCGGAAGUUGUACGAGAAUACGGAGAAAAGUCUAUAAUACUAGAAGAUGGAAAGUACACAGCUAAGUUACCAUGGAAACUAGAUUUCCUUCCGCUACCACAUAACAUGGAGGACAACUGCAAAGAUGGAAGAGAUAAUCCAAGUCUAAAUGAAUGCUUAGAAACACACCCAUCUGUUAUGAAUGAUAUUACGGGAAUACUUAUGAGAUUUCGCGCUAAGAAAUAUGCUACAACAUCAGAUUUAGAAAAGGCAUUUCUACAAAUACAGCUCGACGAGAAAGACCGAGAUGCAACGAGGUUCUUAUGGCUGAGCGAUCCUACAAACACAUCAAGUCCGCUAAUAACAUAUCGCUUCAAGUCCGUACUCUUCGGUGCUACAUGUUCGCCAUUCAUUUUGAGCGCCACACUUCUCAAGCACGUUAAGGAAAAUCCGGGGAAACUUUCAGAUACACUUGAAAAUGGGUUAUAUGUAGACAACAUUUUAACUAGCUUUGAUAACGAAAAUGACGUAAUAGAUUAUUACAGGAGAUCGAGAGAAUUACUUACGAAAGGCGGAUUUAACCUACGCUCAUGGAAUUCAAACAGUCCAAAAUUACAAGAAAUCGCUAGCAAAGAAAAAACCUUAGACAAAGAUGAGCUUCCUAAAAUUCUUGGUAUGCAAUGGAACGCUAAAUCGGACAAGUUGUUUUAUCAAAGUAACACGUUCGAGAUGGACAAAAAAGGAAAACUGACUAAAAGAUAUAUUUUACGGCAAUAA